AUCUUUCUUAUUGGAGUCAGCGACUAUAAAGCCAUCCCACUCAAGGACCUUUACUCAAGCUCGCUCAUCCCCUCCCUUCAUAAAGACCUCCACGUCAAAAUUGCAAUGACACUCGAUUGCGAAGUAGGCACAGAGGUGGACGAGAAUGACGAACAGCAUGGAGAUCGUCUUGAAGACAGCAUGGACCAUUUGGACGGCCAAGGUUCUGAAGCACAACCUGGAGUGAGCAACGACACUGGUGGUGACGGUGACCUUGGAGAGGGAGGACACGUGAUGGACACCCGAGAGGAAGAUCAAUUUCGCGAGAAUCAUGAUGAAGAAGCCGGCCAGCAAGAACCCGACGAGGAUUAUGACGACGACGACAGUGGCUCUGGAUUUAGCAAAAGAAAAAACGGUAAGGGUCCCAAAUUCACCUCGGCAAAGUUCUGGAAUUUUGUGGAUUGCUUGCUUGAAGCUAUUCGCAAAGCUGCGAGAGAAGAGGCAGGACCAGAGUAUACGAAGUCAGCCCGCGGAACAUAUGAAAAUGCGGUGCGCAACCUGCUCGUUGAAUUUUUUCAGAUGGACCUCGUUGAGUUUCCAGGGAGCAUGGUCGUUCCUAAACUCCUGAAAACAACUAGCCCUCAGUGGCAGACGACCAUCCAGGACUCAUUGCUUUGGGGCUGA